UAAAUACCAUACCAUGUCAUGCCCUGUUCAUCAAUUUAAUUUUAAAAAACCCAAGCAACAAUGGCCAUCUCCAAUACUCUUUUGGCUACCCUUCUUAUUUCUCUUUUGCUGUUAAUUGGCUUUGUUGAGUCAUCGUCUGAUCCAAUGGUGAUCGCCAACAUGGUGGAACAGUCUUUCACCGACGACAAAAUAGAUUGUGAGGAAGCUUGUAAGGAGAGGUGCAAGUUAUCGUCGAGGCCGAACCUUUGCAAGAGAGCUUGCGGGACAUGCUGUGACCGAUGCAAUUGCGUGCCGCCGGGCACCUCCGGUAACUAUGAUGUGUGCCCGUGCUACCGUGACAUGACCACCCAUGGCGGCAAACAUAAAUGCCCUUAGAUAUUAUCCCCUUGGCUUAAUUUCGACUCUAAAAAGUAAACUUAUAUUAUAAGAUUUUUGAAAAUAAAUUAAAUAUUGAUUGCAAUGUAAAACCAUAUAUAUGGUUGUACAGUUGUACUUACUUUCUUUCGCUUUAAUAAUAGUGAAGAUUCUUAAGUUGGGAGCUUUA